AUGACAGAGCCUGAACCUCCUCAAGAUAUCAAGUCUCUAUUUGAAGAUUACUCAGAAAAUGGUAUCAUGUCCAUUGCUCAUCUUCAUAAAUUCUUGAUACAAGUACAGAAUGAGGAUCAUCAUCAAAUUUCAACAGAUGAUAUUGAAGAAUCUAUAAUAUCAUUAAACAUGAUGAACAAGAACAAACACCCUUCAUCUCUUUUUCAGAGAAAGAAGAGUCAAACCUCUGCUUUUGGUGAGCUUGAUCUUGACAUUGACACCUUCUUCCGAUUUCUAUUCAGCCAUUCCAAUUCUCCCCUCACAUUCCCUUCCAAGGUUCAUCAAGAUAUGUCUGAUUCUUUGUCCCAUUACUUCAUAUACACUGGUCACAAUUCCUACCUUACUGGAAAUCAGUUCAGCAGUGCUUGUAGCGAUGUUCCGAUCAUCGAUGCGCUUAAGAGAGGCGUUAGAGUGAUCGAGCUCGAUCUCUGGCCAAAUUCAAUCAUUAAUUCUCGUGGACUGUAUAAUAAAACUUUGUUCGAUAUUUGUAGAACCCUAACAGCACCGGUGGGGUUGAUCAAGUGUUUACGAGCCAUCAAAGAGUAUGCUUUUGUCGCAUCUCCAUACCCGGUUAUAAUAACUCUAGAAGACCAUCUUAGUAGUAUACCAGAUCUCCAAACUAAAGUUGCCAAGAUGAUAAAAGAAACAUUUGAAGACAUACUAUUUAUCCCCACAAGCACCAAUUGUUUAUCAGAAUUUCCUUCACCAGAAUCAUUAAAAGGAAGGAUCAUUAUCUCAACUAAACCUCCAAAAGAACAUCUAGAAGAAGAUUUUGAUUCGCAAAAGAAGAAGAAGCCUACUCAAACGAAUGGUGUAAGUGAGUAUAAGCAGUUGAUUACUAUCCAUGCUAAAAAACGCAAAGGUUCAAUUGAAGAAUGUUUAUCCGAGGAUCCUGAUGGUGCCAAACGUCUUAGUUUGAAUGAACAAAAGCUGGAGAAGGCUGUGGCGGUUUGUAGAACCGAUAUAGUAAGGUAUACACAAAGAAACAUAUUGAGAGUGUUCCCUAAGGCGACGCGGGUGGACUCAUCAAACUACGAUCCUUUAAUCGGAUGGAUGCAUGGAGCACAAAUGGUCGCGUUUAACAUGCAGGGACAUGAUAGACCACUUUGGUUGAUGCGAGGGAUGUUUAGAGCGAACGGAGGUUGCGGUUAUGUGAAGAAACCAGAUAUCCUUUUAAAAAUCGGUCAUGAUAAUGAAGUAUUUGAUCCCAAACAGAAAUUGCCAAUCACAAAGAGCUUAAAGGUGAAAGUAUACAUGGGAGAUGGUUGGUAUUCGGAUUUUAAGCACACACAUUUUGACAGAUAUUCGCCGCCAGAUUUCUAUGCCAAGAUUGGAAUAGCUGGAGUGACGGCUGAUACGAUGAUAAAGACAACGAGGAUAAUAAUGAACAAUUGGGUACCGACAUGGGAAGAAGAGUUUGUGUUUCCAUUGACUAUUCCAGAGAUGGCAUUGCUUCAAAUUGAGGUUCAAGAAUACGACAUAUCUGGUCGGGUUGGUUUUGGAGGUCAAACUUGUCUUCCCGUUUUUGAGUUGAGAACGGGAAUUCGAACUGUGCCUCUUCACAAUGAGAAAGGAGAAAAGUACAAAUCUGUUAAACUUCUCAUGAGAUUUGAGUUUGUUUAGUUUUUCUU